AGAUGACCAUCUUCCACGUCGACGCCUCGGACGCGGCCAAAUUCGAAAACGACCUAAACCAAGCUAUCCAACGAGGUAGCAUGAUCACGCUCACAGGCGUUAACUGGGCCGGCGGAGAACCUUGGGUCGAGUCCACAUUGGAAAAUGCAGGCUUCACAUCCGCCACCGUGUUUUGGCCGACAUCUGGUGCCCCGAUCCUGGGAGUAGACUUCUGGGAACAUGGCAAGGCCAAAAAGGCCAUCUCUUGGUUCAAUGAACGUAAUAUCGAUGGGAAUAAACUCACUGCCGAGUUCCAUCAGGAUACACCACCCGAGUAUAUCCAAAAACCGGCGAAAGCCAGCGACUCUCUCCCAGCUCCACAGCCUGAAACCCUAACCGGCAUCCAGCGUCGGGCUCUCCGGUUUGGCAGGGCGAGGCAGAUCGAGCCGAGCCUCGAUUGGCGUGAGUCACGGGACUCGCGGAGAUGCGAAAGGCCCAUGGACGUCCUGACGCCCGACGCUCCGCAUGAAGACAUCGGGAGGUUCUUCCCGCGAGCCAUCGAGAUGUACUCCCGGGUGUUUGGCGGCAUCCCUAGCUCACAUGGGCUUGUCAAAAUCGAAGGCGGGAAACUGGUGCCAACCCCAGAACAGGCGAAAAACUGCGUCUCGUUCUAUAAACCGGAGAAGGAGGGAGAUCCCAAGUAUCUGGACAAUGUCGAGGCCGCCAAACGCGAGCUGGUUGUCACAUCUCCAGGUUUCGUGAUCCCGUACCCACGCGGUCCUUUGAACGGGGUGGGCUGGGGCGAGUUCGACAAGUUCACCGAGUGGCAACUCCAAGGUCGCAAGGUUGAACCUGAUAUGUUAGACAAGGAUCUAGCUUUCGACAAGAGCGGCACCCGCCCUCUCUACUUUGUCUCGCCGGCUGGUGGACCGCAAGAGGAGCCUAUUGUGGUUACAGAGACCCUCGGUGGCGCUAAACAGAAUUAUGAGCAAGGGCAGGAUAGUGAGCGAAUGAAGACUCUAUCAGAGUUGCUCACUAACAAGAGGAAAAGAACUGAGACUCGGGGGGAAAUCUAUGGACGUAGCCGUCCCCGUGGUGGUCGCCGUGGACGUGGCGGACAAGGAAUUGGAUGGCCU